GGUGGACACAAGCAUCCAUAUCGAUUAAAACAUGGUCAUCAUUUACCGAAGCUGUUAUAAAAGUUUUUGGAUCAACAAAAGUACAAGAAUUAGCAUUCGAACAAUUAAAAUGGUACAAACAAACAGUUAAUCAACCUGUUAGGCAAUAUUAUGAUAAAAUUAUAAAACUAUGCAAAAAAGUUGAUCCAGCUAUGCUUGAUUCAUUGAAAUUAAAAUAUUUAAUGGCUGGUAUAAGAGAAUCAUUAAAAUUACAUGUUGCUUUAUAG